CGUACAGGUUAUGGUACGUUCUACACGAUUUCCGUGCAGUCUAGGCUGACAACUUUUAAAACGCGACGAAAAGUGAGUUGAUUCAUGGUGCAAACGGUGCAGAUCUAACUUUUAGAGCACGUGCAGGGUUUUAAAUUAAAAAAGUGAAACGACUGAAAAGGGUGUCGAGUGUUUACUAAGUGCAAGUACUGACAGUACCGCGUCAUAAUUACAUUGAACAAUGAUCACAAUGGAUGUUAGUAUGUACGGUCAUCACAACCAACAUAACGCUCCUUCUUAUAAUUCUACAGACUCUAAUUAUUACAACUAUUCGGGUGGCGAUUUAUCUAACCAUGGCGUCGGUUCCCAUCAUCAAUACACCGGAAGUUAUCCCACAAAUUAUCACCACUACGAAGAAGCCUCAUAUCUGUACGGAGCGGGUGCUACAUCAACAGACUCCGUCGAGACACCGCCAUCACCUCAAGAUUUAAAUUACUACCAUGCCCAACAACCACCUCAAGACAAUCCCAUUAUUAACACAGACACCGGCUUGAGCUACACGAACUUAGACUACGCAAACUCCAAUAGUCCUUCUAUUUAUCACCACCAUCAGAGUGGAUACAGCGAAACUUACGCACCACGGCCACCACAUGAACUUUUGCUGCGUCAUUCGGAAGAGCCUUCGGAAAUUCACCACACCUAUUUUCAAGAUAAUAAAUAUCACGAAUCUGCAGAAGGUUCGUAUCACCACCCGCACAUAGUUACUUCGAACGCGGGACAGAGCUCAACUUGUAUGGAAUUUCAACAUCUGCAGAGGUACAAAGAGGAGAUUUUGCCUGACGCGCACGUUAGAUUAAGACAACACCACGGGAUGCAUGGUUUAGGUGCCCCCCAACAGCCUCAACCGGUGAUACCAACAUACAAAUGGAUGCAAGUCAAGAGAAACGUUCCGAAACCAACUGCGACUAAAGUACAAGCGCCGACAAUGACAGAUUACUCUACGCAAAAUCCAAAUGUUCCUGGCUUGGAAGGCCAAAACCCUGCAACAAGGGGAGCUUGCCUCGGUUCCAAUGCGUCUAGUCUGUUGAGCCUCAACUGUUUAAACACAGGAAGGACAAAUUUCACUAACAAACAGCUGACUGAGCUCGAAAAAGAAUUUCAUUUCAACAAGUACCUUACAAGAGCAAGAAGAAUUGAAAUAGCGUCAGCUUUACAACUUAAUGAAACCCAAGUCAAAAUUUGGUUUCAAAAUCGAAGAAUGAAACAAAAGAAACGCAUGAAAGAAGGUUUGAUCCCACCCGAGCCAAUAAUGAACACGACAAGAAGUACCAGUAAUUCCCCGACUUCUACAAACUGUUUACAGAACGAUAGUACCGUUGGUAGUAACGAAAACAGUAGGGAGUCGAACUAACGUACUACAUGGAAUCAUUUCACUGUCUUCAUUCGCGUUUGAAAAACAUUUCUUUUUCGGCUCGUAGGGUUACCCUUACGACAAAUAUUACAGCGUUAAAAAAUAAGAAUUAAAAUUUUUCUUACAGUUGAAUUUUAGGAAUGCUAGUCUGUAGCUGUAAAAUUAAAAAAAAAGGUAACAUGUAAAUUCUCGCCAAAGAACGUAAGAAAGCUUUAGGUGAUAAAUAUGAAAUUAGUAAAAUAUAUAAUGUAUAUUGUCACAAUAUAACAUAGUGUUAACUAUUUAUUACAAAUUUGUAAUCAGAAAAGUGAGAUUAUUGAAUUUAACUAAGCGUUUAUCGUUUAGAAUAUUUUUCGUGGUGUAUAUAUAGCAUCAUAUUUUGAGAACUGGACAGAUAUUUGGUUGAUUGUAUUAAUUGAUGAACAAAAAAACAUCUGUUUGUUACGAUCAGGUCUCUAUCUACUAAUUAUUGUACAUAGUAAAUUGAUAUCGUGUCGUGUAAAAAUAUGUACAUAAUAGUUUAAUUAGGUUACUCAGGGAUGUAUGCCGUAUUAUUAAUUUACGAAUAAAAACAAUUUAAAAGCAUCCACAAUUGUUUGUUUAACAAAAUAUACAGGCCGUAUUUUUUUCUGUUUAAUCCCUUUUGAACGCUCAUAAUGCAGCCAAGUAGUCCCA